AUGAUACCAAUACUUUUGCCUAUCAGGACCAAAAUUCACGUUCCUUCGUUCCUUCGUUCCUUCCUCGCGAAGUGCUACUUCCUUUUUCGUCCCAUCUUAGCUCCCAUCUUCUGCCCGGGUGACUUCCAAGGUUUUCAUCUUCACUUCCUUUUCAUCUUCGCUUCCUUUGCUUUAACAUUCUCACAUCAUCAAGCCAUGGAUCUCCCACGCCCUCCAAAUGUCUUCAGCAAUUUGGACCUCUUUUGCGACUGGAACGGGAACCCAGAAGAGCCUGUUAGUAUCACCAUAAACAUCGAUGCAUGGGGUCUUCCAAAUCUGAAGCUGCCCGUUCUGAACGUGCACUAUCCCAACGUCGUCAAGGGCCCAUCACAAUUCGUCUACCGGAAGACUAGCCAAACACACCAACCCUCAAAGACUCACUUCAAUGGUGACAUUUUCCUGCAUCCCACUAAACGUCAUCCAAAUGGCCUUGUUCCCGAUGGCUUGAAGCCCGGAAGUGGUGUUGUCGUUCAUGAUCGUGGUUCAAACCAUGCCUUUGCCGAAAGCCCUACGCCUCACAGGAAUGCCGAGCCCGCACAUACGCAUACCUUCGUUCCCUCUAUCUGUAUCUCGCAGAUGUAUUCCGAAGUCGACUCAUCAGACAGCCUGACGUCACCAAAAUCUCGCAAGAGAUCUGCAAAGUGUGCUUCAUUGCCUGACUCAAUUCCCCCCGACGAGGACUUUGGUGUGAGCCGACACAAGGCGUUGGAUACAAAGGAGGAUUCGGGGGUGUAUCAAACCGAGUGCUCGCCAGAUUCUGUACUUACACCCACCCCCAGCUCUAUUCAUCUCCCCGCUUCGCCGCUUGCCGAUACGGAAACGAAUGGGGUGUCUUGCGAGAAGCUUCAGUCCUCUGAACCAUCGCCUAAGCUGUCAGCUGCGAAGCCCAGCGUGAGAUUCGAAGAACUCGGUCCUGAUGGAUGUUCUACCGCCACUGAUACUAGGGGUGAUACACCUGAAAGUCUUCCUGACUACGAAACUCCCGUUCUCAGCCCUGAGACUUCUCCUAGUAAGACCGGAAUUUGCGAAAAUGCCAACAUCCCCGGGGGAGAAAAUUUUGGUCCGCUUGAUCUCACGGAAGAGAACCUCGCUUUGCAAGACGAUAGGUCUGAAUCUUUGCGAGUAUGCGACGGGAGUCUGGUUGACACCGAAGGCACUGAGGAACACGAAGGCUCAGUACAGUCUUUCGAGCCUAACAGCAGUACUCGGGAUUUCACUGCAAUCACUGCGUCUCCAGUCAUCCCACAUUUCCCCGAACAAAGUGACAUCCCGCAAGAGCCCGAGCUUGUCCUUGAGGACGGCAUUGUCUACUUCAAGACACCGCCCGGCAUCGAACCUAAGAUGUACCAAAUCGGUAUCACAAUGGAAGUUAUCUUGAGAAAGGGCAAGUCGACAGACUGGUGGGAGUUAGAUGUGAGGGGCUUGCCCACGCUCGGUUCAUCUGAGUCGGGUUAUCUUUACUUUCGCACCAAUCCUGGCCAGGGGAUGGAGUUUGGCACUUUGCCAUUCAAGCGGAACGCCGUGGUUGAGGAUUGCUUAAUGGCUCAAUUUAUACCAGGCAAGAAUCUCAUCGUUCCACUUCGCAACUGCAGCGCUGAGCACUACGGUUUUAUCAACGACUACAAGAUCAACUCGGUACUUCAUUCUGAAAUCUUUCAGAAUUCAUCAGGUUACGCAAUUGAGUACACUGCCGUUUGUUCGGUCGAUCUCAUCAACCACAGAUUUUGGAGUGAGCAGUGCAGUUUCCGCAUGUACGUGCACGGCGGCCCUGAUGGCAAAUGGAGUGGCCAGUUCACCGAGAAGCAAUCUUUCGACAUUGCAGGCAAGCCUAUCCUCUACAACCUGUUGUUAGACCCGCCGGCGGAUGCAGAAAUCGGUGUCUCCCGCAUCGAAUUGACUUGUCCGCCUGCUGCACUGGAAAUGUUUGCUGUGCAAUGGGAAAUGAGAGUCCCUCGAGGGAAGGCCCUGAUCACACCCCGAAUCAAGAGCACAAUUGAGAAUGAAGCUGAACGCAAGCUUCGUGACAAUUUUGACUUUGUUGACCGCGAGCGGUACAUUCUUGCGAAUCCCUGGGCGUCUUCCUCUUCUUGGUCUCCUCGGAGCGUUAGUCGUGUGAAAAAAGCACCAUCUUUGGCUAGAACAAAGAGAUUCGCCCGACAGAGUGAUUUACAGAGCUUGCCCGCGAUAGCUCUUGCUGGGCCUACCAUUCAUUCGGUGAGCACAGAGCCUAUUCCCGCUACCACCAAGCCAGAGGAGCCAAAGCAACCAAGGACGCCAGAGGAACCAAACAAGCCAGAGGAACCAAAGAAGCAAGAUAGUACUCUCUCUGUUCCAUCGCAGGCGAUGUGGAGACUGGUCAAAUUCGUGUUCUUUGUGUGCUGGUUCUUGGCCACCCUACCCUCAGCUUAUUGGUCCUAUAUCAUUCUCAGUCAUGGUUACACUCAGUCUGACUCGGCUUUCGCGUUCAGCAAAGAGUUUACUCCUACAAUUCUCGACCAAGCUGAAGCAAAUGUCACCAGUCAUUCCAUCGAAAGCCCCAUUUAUAACAGUUUUAUGCAGGAGGAAGAGGUUCGGUCAACCAUCGUGCCGGAGCCUGAGAACACCGAAAAGCCACACGCUGGCGCCAAAAACAAUGAUACUAUGCCGCUGAGGGACCGCAUUGACUACUUUCUCGGAUGGAAAGGCCCUGUCGUUGAAGAGUGA